AUGGUAUUAAAAUUCCUGGAUCGUUUAGAAGACCCAAAUAAUCCAUUAUUAGGACCAACUGUAUUGGCUCUCCGGUACGGAGGAUUAUGGCAAAAAGAUCGAGUCAAACACUUUCUGUACAAUUUGGUGCAUUUUAUAGCAUUCCUAUUUGUUGUAUCCCAAUAUGUGGAACUUUGGAUAAUCAGGAAAAACUUAGAAAUGGCUAUGAGGAAUCUGUCAUUAACUAUGCUCAGUACCGUCUGCGUUUUUAAAGCCUGCAAUUUGAUGCUGUGGCAAAAUUCCUGGAAGGAGCUCAUUGACUAUGUAUCUGAGUUAGAAAGGUCCCAACUGUCGAAAAACGACGCUGUGGUGAACAAAAUAAUUUCUGACUACGUAAAAUAUGCGCGAAGGGUCACUUAUCUUUAUUGGGCUUUGGUAACUGCAACUGUUGUCACCGUUAUCUUAGCACCUCUUUUCAUUUACUUAUCAUCCCCAAAUUACCAGGAGAGUAUAAAAAAUGGUUCUGCACCAUAUCCAGAGAUAAUGAGCUCUUGGACUCCAUUUGAUAGGUCCAGAGGCUUGGGUUUUUGUGGAGCCACUUUGUACCAGAUGUUGGCUUGUUUCUACGGAGGCACAGUGGUCGCAAAUUUCGACUCUACCGCUGUAGUAAUAAUGACGUUUUUCACUGGACAGUUGAAGGUAUUAUCUGUUAAUUGCGAACGACUGUUUGGUGAUGGUAAUGAGCUAGUUGAUUAUGAUGAAACUGUGAAGAGGAUUAAGGACUGUCAUUUGCAUCAUUAUUAUAUGGUGAAAUUUUCGUCGGUAUUAAAUUCAUUACUUUCUCCAGUUUUGUUUUUGUAUGUAAUUAUCUGCUCUCUAAUGAUAUGUGCGAGUGCUGUACAGUUAACAACGGAAGGUACGGGCAAUAUGCAGCGUAUUUGGAUUGCGGAAUACCUCAUGGCCCUUAUAGCGCAACUAUUUUUAUAUUGUUGGCAUAGCAACGAUGUACUGUACAUGAGUAAUAAAGUUGAUGAUGGAGUAUACAGCAGCGCUUGGUGGUCUCAAAACGUGCGCAUACGUAGAAGUUUGCUCCUGCUAGGAGGGCAACUACGCAGACCUAUCAUAUUCACUGCUGGGCCAUUCACUUUACUCAACAUGGCUACUUUUGUCGCUAUUAUGAAAGGCUCGUACAGCUACUACACGCUUUUAGCAAAGAAGGACGAUUGAUUUCAACAAUAUAUUCAAAU